AUGCCGACUCACUUCUCGGAAGACCCUCCACAGGUCAUGAAUCAGGCCGACCUCAACUUGGCCAACGAGAAACUUCACGAACGUGAUUCCUCCAAGGAAAAUUCCGAGCACGAACGCGACGCGAAUGGAGGCGAGAAGCUUGGCCKCCUAGGCACAUACGACAAGUACGAGCUCACAGAGGAAGAUUGCUACAAUGAGCUGGGCUUUGGAUUUCCCACGUGGAAGAAGUGGUACAUCCUCAGCGUGAUCUUCAUCGUGCAAGUCUCGAUGAACUUCAACACAUCCCUGUACAGCAAUGCAAUCCCAGGCAUACAAGAGGAAUUUGGCGUCAGCGCACAAGCUGCACGAUGUGGAGCUAUGAUAUUCUUGGUCCUCUACGCAUUCGGCUGUGAGCUGUGGGCACCCUGGUCAGAGGAAUUUGGUCGUUGGCCUGUUCUUCAGCUAUCGCUUUUCCUGGUCAACAUCUGGCAGCUCCCAGUAGCUUUGGCCCCCAACUUUGCUACGAUCAUGGUCGGCCGCGCACUCGGAGGUCUCUCUUCAGCAGGAGGAUCUGUCACGCUGGGCAUGAUUGCGGAUAUGUGGGAAGCCGACGACCAGCAAUAUGCUGUAGCUUUUGUUGUGUUUUCGUCCGUUGGAGGAUCAAUCCUUGGACCCAUUGYUGGUGGAUUCAGCGAGCACUUCUUGGACUGGCGAUGGUCUAUCUGGAUCCAGCUCAUCUUCGGCGGAGCUGUUCAGAUUCUACACUUUUUCACCGUUCCGGAGACUCGGACCACUCGCAUGAUGAAUAACAUCGCGAAGAAGCGUAGAAAGGCUGACCCGCAGGCCAACGUCUGGGGUCCUGACGAACUCGUUCCAUUCCGGGAUCGAUUCUCUGCCAAAGAGAUACUCGUCACCUGGAUCCGACCUUUCAAAAUGUUCUUAACCGAGCCCAUCGUCCUGACUUUGUCGCUCCUUUCUGGAUUCUCCGAUGCCCUCAUCUUCAUGUUCAUCCAGUCGUUCGCGCUGGUGUACGGUGAAGGUAAUGGCUGGAACUUUGGCACCAUUGCAAUUGGACUCUCUUUCAUCCCAAUUGGCAUCGGCUACAUCAUUGCCUGGAUCGCUUUCAUUCCCGCGAUUCGUCGCAAUAUUGCAGAGCGCAAAGCCAAGCCAGAAGACGAGAAGGCUCAGUAUGAAUCGCGUCUGUGGUUCUUGCUCUUUACUGCCCCUUGCCUACCCAUUGGACUCAUUGGAUUUGCAUGGACCAUUCAAGGCCCUCCCUUGCACUGGAUCGGAUCCAUGGUCUUCGCAGCGAUUGUCGGAAUCGCCAACUAUUCGAUCUACAUGGCGACGAUCGAUUACAUGAUCUGUGCUUACGGUCCAUACUCUGCCUCCGCAACCGGUGGUAAUGGCUGGGCUCGUGAUUUCCUGGCUGGUGUCCUGACUGUUCCAGCCACGCCAUUCUUCCAGAACAUUGGCAGGGAUAGCGGUAAGAAUCUUGAAUAUGCGUCUACGAUUCUUGCUUGUAUCUCGCUGGUUCUCGUCUUGGCGGUCUACGCUGUUUAUUACUACGGACCCACUCUGAGGAAGCGUUCCAAAUUCGCCAUGGCGCUCGCGAAAGGAAAAGAGGAUGGCAGGCGUGCCAGCGCUGUGGACCCUGCUGGAUCACGACAAGCCAGUGUUGCCGGCAAGGCUGAUGGCGGCCGUCCAGAGAUGGGGCUGAGAAGCUACUCUCAGCAACAGCGGUUCUUUGGCGAAACCCGCGUCACCCCUCGUCAAACACCAAAUGCUAGCAGAGCAAACUCUCUCGUUGGACGGCAAUGA